AUGGCGGCCUCGGAAGACAGGAUGGACAAGGAUGAAGCGCGAGGCUUCCUCGAGUCUCUUCUGAACAAGAAGCUGCGCAUCCACACGACAGACGAGCGCAUGUUUUGGGGCGAGUUCAAGUGCACCGAUCCCGAUCGAAAUAUAGUUCUAGCACACACCUACGAGUACCGCCAGCCCUCGCCCGAACAGCGUGCCAAAGCAGCAGCUGCCGCCAACGCCGACGCAAGCACCAUUAAGAUGGAGUUGACGCACCGCUACCUUGGGCUCGUCGUCGUUCCCGGGGAGCACAUCUCGCGCAUCGAGAAGGAGGACUUUGCCAGUCAGGUGAAGAAGGAGUAA